AUGUUCAUGCUCUCUCUCCUGAGCCGGGGACAUGGGAAGUUGGUCCAGGACAAACAGAAGUUAGAAGUCUAUUUUGAACCAGAGGAUUACUUGAACUGGAAGUCCCCAGAAGACUAUGUCCUGGUCAGCAAGUCUCAGGAUGAAAACAAUGCCAACCAGCAUUCCUGGAGCCUCCUUCUUCCUAAAACUUUCAGCACUAGAAGGGGUGCCCUCAUCCUCUACUCAGAAGGUUUAGCCAUAUCAGCAUGGACACCUGAAGAAAGGAGAAAAGGAACCCACUGCCCCAGAGAUCACAGGAAGAGGCUGGAUCUUGAACUGCAUACACUUCAAGACCUCAAAGAAGCCAUCCUGGCAUAUGGAAGGAAACAGGGACAACAGAACAGAGCCUGGCAACCAUACCUCUACUUCCGAGGCCAGCAGGAGAGCCAGGCCCAAUGGCAGAUCCAGCCUGGGUAUUCAGCCAGGAGAUACCUCCGAGGCCUCCUGUGGACACGGCCCCCUGACACGUACAGGCUCCAUUGUGCAGGAUACAUCAAGGGUAUCCUGCUCCAGGACAGUCAACUUAAUGUGCCAAAGAAUCUCAGGCCACAACAGGAUCUUUCAGGUUUACCCCCAAAAUACCAUCUCCUGCCUGUCUUCCCUCCGUUUUGGAUUCAACAAGGAAAAUCUUUUGAACAAGGUCAACAGGGUUUGGAUGAAUGGGAAUCUGGGGCUGGGGGCUACGUGGACCAGGGCUCUGUAGCCAAGAACCAUGGAAGUCAGGGGACUCACUUGCCACCACUCGGGAAGCAGCACUGGCAGGAAGAUGAAACCCAUGCAGAGGACACGUCAGUAGGGGAUCAUGUUCGUACGUAUGCUUCAAAGAAAGGCCACAAUGAGAAGACACAGCAGACCUCCAAGAAGGCCUCUGAGCAUGGCUGCAUCGACCAUUCUUGGCUCCUGAGUGACAAAUCCCACAUUACAUUCUAUGGAGGUGCCUUCCCCAAUAGGAAGGCAGAUCUCAGCGACAAACGAGGGAAUAUGAAAUCCCACAAGGCCAGAUGCAGCCACUUGUUACAGGAACCAUCUGCUGAAAGAUGCCUUUUCCCUCCUGUAGGACCUGCCACUGGCUUGGAAAAACACACCACUGGGGAGGCAAAGAAGAAAAAGGCACCGAAGGCUUUGAAAUUACCUCCUAUCUCUGAAGAACCACCCAGAGACCUGGACCCCCCGAACAGCCAAUUUAAGGCCACCGAACCCCCAACAGAGCUCUUCAUCUUCCCAAUGGAGCUUCAUUUCCACACCCAACUCCCACCAAAAGAAAAAGCCCAAAGAAGAAGAGGUGCGCCAUACCCUGAGUCAGAACCAGCAACAGAAGAGGCUACGCCUUCAUGGAGGCCUCCCCCAAAACACGUGUCCUUAGAAAGACCAAGGGGGUUAACGGUGUAUCUCCCAGUGGACACGGGCAGGGACACACUCUCACCUCAAGAUGGUGCUGCCCCUCCCCAGAAUGUGGUCCCACCACGGGGUCUUCCACCCCUAAUUAAAGGAAGAAAAAGUCCAGAGAGCCAGAGGAGCUUGGACAGCCCCAGGACAUCAGGCCGCAGCAGCCCUGCAGGUCCCGUGAAUGUGAGACCGCCCAGGAGGGCACUGCCAGCAGGACAAGAGGAUUCCAGAGACCUCACACCAGGACACAUCUUGCUGGGUCCACGUGGAGAAAAAGUCAGCCUGUCCCUCCCAGGGCCUACACAAACUGAGGAGCUUCCAUACAGUGAAGCCUAUGAAUCUGUCAAUUCAAAUAUCAGCCAUGAAGAGAAGGGGGCUAGUAUUCAGCAUCUCCUAAAAGCAAACACUGAGUCCAGAACCACUCUUCGCAUGAGUCUUUAUGAAACCUCACCUUUGACCCAAACAACAGAGAAGCAGGGAGCCCAGCAGUCCUUGGAGGCAGCAGCUCAGAAGACAGGAGAGCCUCAAAGUUGUAUAAAUAAAGAGCCGAUAUGUUCAAACAGAAAAGAAUUUUACACACGCAAGCUGCACAUCGACAUGAUGCCGUUCCUGAAGGAAAAUGGAGAUGAACUGGACUAUCUUGAAGAACCAGGGCCACCCCUCAGAGGAAAUCAAGACAGCCAAGACCCAGAACCAAGGAGUGUGACCCUUGACCAUGUCAAUGCUUCCCUUGCUGAGCACACCCAGAUCCCCGAGGCAGAUACUGUGCAAGAGGUGGACAGACAUUAUGAUGUAAACCAUCUGCACAGAGGACUUCCAGGACAUGGGCUUGAGUCACCAGAGAGGAUGGGUGCUGUGGAUACAUCUCUUCUUCCAAGAGAAAGAGAAGGGAAGACUGAACCAAGACUGUCUAACCAGCAGACACCAGCCACCAUCAGUCAUGAGAGGGAGUUGACUGACAAAGCCAAGAGAAAGAAAAGAACAGAGACAAACAAGACCAAAGCACCCAAAAGGGAGAGAGAAGGAAAGGUCUAUGGGGAAGCAGGAGCUGCUGUUGGAAAGGCAAAGGACUCAAAAGCUGAAAAAAAAUUAGAAAAAAAACCAAGAGCUAAAGGGAAAAGGACACAGAAAGAAAGGAAUCUGGAGAUAGCAGCAGAGCUGAACGGGCCUGAUGUCAUUAACUCUAAGGAAACAGAAGACAUAUCAGAUAGAGGUUUCUUCCCUUCAGACUCUAUUGUAAAUGAUCCUUGGCUUUCUCUUAAACAUGGUGCUCAGGAGAGCCAAGUUUCUAUAGAUGGAAGAUCAUCACCCCCUCAAGCUCUAACUGUCACCGACAACAUGCAAUCUGAAGACGAGAGAAGCCAUGAUGACCCUUCCAAGGCCCUCCUCGCUAAGAGGGAGGAGGAGAAGGCUUCUCGAGACUGGCUGCGAACAGAGAGGGCCGAGAUGAGGUGGAUGGAGGUGGAGAGGAGGAGAAGAGAGCAGGAGGAACAGAGGUGGCUCCAGCAGGAGCAGCUGGAAAGAGCAAAGAAGAUGAAGGAAGAGCUGGAGCUGGAGCAGCAGAGACGUGCAGAGGAGAUCCGCGUGAGGAAACAGAGACUCGAAGAAGAACGGCAGCAGCACGAGGAGGAGGAGAAAAAGCAGCAGCUCCAGUUGCAAGCAGCCCAGGAGAGAGCCCGGCAGCAGCAACAGGAGUUCCGGAGGAAACUGCAAGAACUGCAGAGAAAAAAGCAGCAGGAAGAAGCCAAGAGGGCUGAGGCAGAAAAGCAAAGGCAGAAGGAAUUGGAAAUGCAGUUAGCAGAAGAACAAAAACGCCUGAUGGAAAUGGCUGAAGAGGAACGAAUAGAGUACCAGCUGCGGAAACAGGAAGCAGAAGAAAAGGCUCGAUUGGAGGCAGAAGAGAGGAGGCAAAAGGAAGAGGAAGCAGUAAGGCUGGCUCUGGAGGAAGCCAUGAAACAAGUCCAGGAACGAGCCAGGCAAAAAGCUGCUUUGGAGAAACAUCUUCAUUUCCAUCAACAACUCCAUAAGGAAGCCAGUGGUAUGCAGUGGACACAGAAUAUUUCCAGACCAUGGAUUUACUCUUAUUUCCAGUUCCUACCAACACCCAGGCCUUAA